CCCUGGCUUUGUAGUCUCUUAGAUUAUUCAUCAAUGGUGACAUGAGCUAUAGAUGGAGUCCUUCAGCAUAUUUUGAUCAUCUUGAAGGAAACAUAUGUUGGGACGGUUCUGCGAGCGAAACCGUGGUGACCGCCGUGCACGGUGGGCCCAGGAAGGCUCGGAAGAAGUUUGUUGGGGUUCGGCAGCGGCCGUCUGGACGAUGGGUUGCGGAAAUCAAGGACACGAUACAGAAGAUUAGAGUGUGGCUCGGCACCUUUGACACUGCUGAGGAAGCAGCUCGAGCCUAUGACGAAGCUGCUUGCUUACUCCGAGGAGCCAACACUCGCACGAACUUCUGGCCUUCUUCCCAGCCAUUUUCGACUGCACCCGCCCUUCCGUCUAAAAUCACGAACCUUCUUAUUCGUAGGCUUGAAGCCCGAAAUAAUUCUUUAGCUGCGACCACUUCAUCACAGAAUCCUUCUCUGCUCACAGCCAACAUGAAGCAGCCGGAGGAAUUCCAAGAUGGAACGGCUGAGUUCUCGGAUACCCAUUUCAUGGACGACUUCCUCAAUGAUCUAGAUGAAUAUCUACCCGCCAACGAUUCAAUGAUAUUUACAGAUAGCGGUACUUCGAGCUCUGAAGCGGAUAUGGCCGUUCAUGUGGAUCGUUGUGAUUAUCAUCCGACUGAUUCAUCUUCAACUGGAGAUACAAUUGGAGGUGAAGUGGAAGAUGAAGAAGGGAUGGAUUUCAAGUUCGUUGAUGAACUCGGAUCUGCUUGCAGCUUUUCUCCGUUUGAGAUAGCUCAAGAAAUAGCAUUGGAGUCGGGGGAAGAAGAAGAGCCAUUGACGAUAAGUGAAGCGAUGAAGCGGAUGAAAUACGAGCGGAAAUUCUCAGCUUCCCUCUACGCUUUCCACGGCAUACCAGAAUGCUUAAAGCUAAAACUUGGACCACGAGGGGGUUUGAAGGCUAGAGAAUUGUCCAAAACGCAAGGAACCGAUCGUCCAGUGAAACAAGGCAAAAAGGAUACGGAAGAGUGUGUGGUGGUAGAGUACGUAGCAACUGAGAUGGCUACAAUUUCCUCUUCGAAUGAUGUUAUUUAUGGAGAAUUAUCGCUCUGGAGCUCCCUCGAUCUCCCUACCAUCUGCUAUGUUUAGAGCUCGGUUUUAAGUCUUUAUAUAGUUUUUAGACACUUGGUUAACCCACAGUGGGAGUCCAUACCAAUUUACACGCACCUAAACUAAUAUCACGGGGCUCUGUAGAUAACAAUCAAUAAAAUUCCGCUGAUCUUUUUGAUGGUGUUUUUGUCCAUUGAAUUGGGAUGCUACCUCCAACGAGCUUCGUACACCACGAAAUACAAGGUUUUUUUUGGCAUGGGUCAUCUUAUCGAUCUUUUGUCUUUUGACUUUGCCUUGGUUUACGUAGAACCCACGCUCGAGCAUUUGACUUGGUCUCCUUAGAUGGACCAUGAACGGGUUUGACUCUAUUAAGUUCGUUUCUGGCUCCAUCACUAGUUGUGACUCUGUUAAGUUCGCUCGCUAUGUAUGAUCCUUUUGUUUGAAAAAACAGUUUUCGGUUAAUAUCGAGCUUGAUAACACUUUCGAUUAAUGAUUUCAUACCUGAAAUAUCCUUACAUAAAAGCAAAAGUGGAAAAACUUGACAAAAAGGAAACACAUUCCAAAAAGCGUAUUUUCUCGACACUAUACCGGGUUCGAAUAUAGAGUUGUAGUCAUGGAGGUUUACCUGCGACAACCCCAGGCCAUUUGUGGUGGUCGUGGAAUUAAUUGGUGUGCGUAAGCUAUACUAUACUCGAGCUUUUUCGUUACCCGUAAAUAGAGCGUUUGAUAAAAGUAUAUUGCUUAACAUAUGAAAAAUGUUAAAUUCGCUCAUUUUUUUGGAUGUACAUUUACCUUUGUACCCUUGUAAAAAGUCUAGUUAUACUCGUCUAUAUAAUACAUGAAGUCACUCAAGACGCGAACAUUAUUCACAUGGUAUCAAUUGAUCCAUUCAUUUUCAGCUUAAACCUUGGCCUUUUGUCUUUGUGCGUGAACCAGUCUACUUUCUGCUUGAAGGGGGUGUUCCGUUUAACUUACCGGUAAAAUUCAAUACUAUCACUUA